AUGCAUUGUGGUAAAAGGUAUGUGUAUUGGGUUACCUCUCAGGAUAAGGGGGAGGGAAUCUGUGGGUUGUAACUAAUAUGUUACUGGAUAUUUUAUACCUCACUGUGGGCAGUCCUGUAUUUGCAAGACUGUAAUAAAAACCAGGCUGGGUGUGCCAGCACCUCAGACCACUGCUUGACCCUCAACACAGAGCCUUGUCUCGUUCUUGGGGGGAUUCACUGUAUGCUGUUAGAGACUGAUUGCCAGGAGUGUAAGCUGAUUGUCUGCUUUUCCUGUUCGUCUGCUAGCAGCUGUUUGGGAGGUUCCAGUUUGGGAGUUGGAGUGCUAUUUUGUAUCCAGUUCGGGAGUUUGGUGUUCUGCAGUAGCUGUGCCUGUAUCUCUGGAAAGGGGGCCGAUCGUCUAGACGGUUUUUACCCCUUGUGUGCAAAACGGUCCGUUACAAUUAACGGACCGUUUUGCACAAAAGGGAAAAAAAAACGCUUAGACGAUAAUCCCCUUUCAGAGACAGGCACAGCUACUGUAGAAUCACCAAAACUCCCGAACUGAAUACAAGUGAAUGCUCCAAACUCCCGAACAGCAUACAAGGGAAUGCUCCAAACUCUCGAACUGCAUACAAGUGAAUGCUCCAAACUCCCUAACGGCAUACAAGGGAAUAAGAUAGCACUCCAAAUACACGAACAGGAACCAUACGAAUCGCUGCUACCAGACGAACAGGAAAAGCUCCCAAGCGGCUUACACUCCUGGCAAUCAGUCCUUAGCAGCAUACAGUAAAUCCCCCCAAAGAUGAGACAGAGCUCCGUGUUGAGGGUCAAGCAGUGGUCUGUUUAAUGAGGGCUACCUGCCCAGUAUUUAUGCAGGUCUCCCACCUGGUGGACACUCCCCUAGGGGACCAAAUGGGAGACUGUGACAAAAGACAGACAAGUAGACAAAUAGGACACACAGUCACAAUAUAUUCCCACAAUGCAUCCUGGCUUCCUCCCCUCUGCCCUGGGAGAUAAUUGGGAAGUAAUUAAAUUAUCUCCCAAGACAAAGGCAAAACUCCAUUACACAUGUGGGGAUACAAAACCAGUAUUAUACUUUAAAAUACAUAAAGUAACAUACAUAAAACACAGACAUGUAACAUAUCCCCAGAUAGCUCAGGUCUGAGCGCACAUUAUUAAGCGAAUGGCGCUCAGACCACACGAAUACAGUUUAAUCGCCAUGGAGCCAAAGUCUUUACAGUCAGUUUCAUACGAAUGGGCUCCAUGGGAUUCCUAUCUGGGGUAUAACACAUUCAACCAAAACUACCAAACACCGGGCCGUUCGUGCACUUCCACCGAACAAGAAGGGAGGUCGGCGGCUUCAGCGGUGUUCGCGCAAAACUGUGUCCGAUUUUAGUUCCAUGAAAAUAGGGGAGAACACCGCUGUGCAUUCGUAUGUUUAAAAUGGCCCCGACCUCGUGUUCGGGAUACGAAUGGCGGCCACCCAGCAUUCGUCAAUUAAGCUGCGGUUAACCGCAGCUUCAGGGAGGUUAAUUGCCGGCACACUCCAGCUCCCAGGUGGUCUAUUCAUUCGUGCGGUUGUUCGGUAGAUUAAAUCUACAGAACAACUGGCAGAAAAGCACGAAUACAGCUUUUCUUCAGGUGAAAUAAAGUCUUUUAAAAGGGGGCCAUAGUCCAGAGGCAGCAGGCGAGCAACCAGGCUUCUCCAAUGCAAUGUGGCGAGAUUGGUCUCGUCACAGCUUGCAGUGUUGGUAUUGGCUAGUUGGGAUAUAUGCACUUCUACCCAUACACUGUCUCAUACAUACAUACAUACACAGAUACGCACUGGCACACACACAAAUACACACACUGUAUGCUUGCUGCUGAUGUCAUAGGGCAUUUUGUUUAAUAUCUCAUAUAAUUAUUUUUAAACCUGUUGUUACAGUGUAUCCAGUGCAGACCAAAUACAAGAACCAAAACUUCUUCAACGGUAACUUAACAUCUGUAAACAAUGAUAAUGUAAACAAUGAUAUUAUAUACUGGGGCAAUCACCAGGAGUAUAGUACAAAUGAUUCCUUGUACUAUGAUUUAUUGAUGCUACAAUAUACUAUUUGUCUAAAUGUAGCUGAUUCCACCACAAAAUCAUUACUGUCAUUUAGUGGCACACACACACAGACAAAGCACACACAUUUACAUACACUUACAUAUGCACACACUGACAAAUACAUAUAAACACACUGACACAUGCCUACAUACACUGACACACACACUGACACACAUAUACACACACUGACUCAUACACGAACACACAGAUACUUAAACAAACAGAUGCACACAGACACAUACACACACAGAUGCACACAUUGACAAAUAGACACUUACGCACAAACACACACAGUUCCAAACACUGACACACACAUACACACAGAUGCACACAUUUUAUGUAAAGGUGGCUUCCUUGGGGUCCUGGUGCUGGCUGAGUCUGAAAGGAGUGUGUUUCUGGAGCUGGCACUGUCCUUGCUUCUUCCCACUUUUGCUUCCUCUCUGCUUCCUGUGUGGCUGUCUCCCUGUAUCUGGGAGGGUGUGCAAACACUCACUUCCCCCCAGCUUCGGUGAUAUAAUAGGGGCCCAGUCGCACUGUUAAAGGUCCUCUGCACCCAACGGGGCCCCAUUCAGUAAGACUAUCAAGAGGCCCAUGCACCUAGGACCACCCAAUGGACCACCUCUGCAUACCAGCCUCGGUGAAGCCGCACCAGCGGCAUUUCUACCACUGAACUUGUGUGUAAAUUAGUCUAUGUUUAUGGAUGGAUGUUAGUUUGUGUUUAUACAUGUGAGUGUUAUUAAGUUUGUUUGUGUGCUCAUGCUUUUCCAUUUUUGUAUGUAUUUGUUUAUGUAUGUGUGCUAUGGUGUGCGUCUACGAAUUUCUGCUAGUCUGUGUCUGAAUGCAUUUUAGUUUUUGUCUCUGUAUGUUAGAGUGUGUAUGUGUGUUAGGAUGCAUCUAUGUGCUAGGGUGUGUCUGUAUACUAGUGUGCCUCUGAGUUCUAGGGUGUAUCUAAGCCAUGCCUCCCAACAGUCACAUAAGGGACCAUCUGCUCAGCACUCACUAUCCCCAAAUGACUAUGUAGUUCAAGGAUAGGACCUGUCCAGCCACUCUCAGAAACUUCAGACUUCUUGAUCACUGUUGUUGCAAAUAUUUAUUGCCAAACUGUGUUAAUAUAUAAUAAAGGAAUCAAAACAAAUAUUGGUCCAACACAUUUCUUCUUGUUUAGGAGUUCCGUAGGUACCAAAACAAAUCACAUACAAAAUAAAAAGCCGAACUACUCGUCAUAAACUCAUCCGAUCGAGUUUCUCUUUAAAUAGUCCAAAACCUCAGCUCCCAUUGAUGUUUCAGUGAGUGUGUGCUCCUACUCUAUGAUGUCCAUCCUAUCCUUUGCCUGUACUUCUUGUUGAGAUCAGCACCCUCCUCCAGUCUGAUCCCAAUCGUUUCAUCUUUGUGAAAAUUGAUCACAUGUGCGUUCCACUGGUACUAAGUGCAUUCAUUCCAUCUUCGUACAUGAUGUCACAAUCUUUCAAAACACAAUGUAAUCAACUGUAUAUGUAUCUUUGACUUCUGAUUUUAAAUGACAUCACUUUAUAUAUAGAAAACACGAUACUGUGUAAACAAACAAAAAGGUAUAUUUUCUUAGAUUCAUCCUAUUACGUUAUAUCUGUUUACUACCCAUUACGGUAUAGAGAUCACCUAAUAUUAUAUUGGUUUAUUUUCAUACCAUCUCAAUUUAAAGUGCUGUACUCUAAAUUAUUUAUGAUUACAAUUUGUUCAUUUAUAUUUUUAUAUAGAAUAUAAUUCCUUUAUUAAUUUAAACAUUUAUUAAUUUUGUAAUUCUGCUGUAUUUAUAUUGAUUAGAGUGCAAUAAUCUUCCUUUCAAAUAUUUGUAUUACAUUUUUCAAAAUUAUUUACAUACAAUAUAAUAAGAAAGGAAACAGCAAAUACAGGGUGCGCUAAGUAGAACAAUGAGAAAUAAUAUACACAGAAAAAAUGAAGUACAAAACGUCUCUGAAAAUGCAAUGUGGACCUUGGAUAGGUAUUCUUUGGUUCUUGCUUUGGGUCCUCAGUGGUAAAUAUGAAAUACAAAAGCAGAAACAGGAAGGGACCAAUAGUGCAAAACUCACAAUACAAAGAGCUAUGCCCAGCUCUAGGUAAAACAGCAUGCAGUGGUAUUUGAAACUCCCCACAUGUAGGAUAUAGCUGGACAAUAGGAGGUGUUUCUUCAAUACUUCUUGCAGCGUCUCAGAUACACGUCAGCAUAUAAAAUACAUAAAAAUAAGAGGAAAACCCAAUGGUGCAAUAACGUAUGUCAACUAUAACUACAAACAAACACUGAGGUCCUAAGAGUGCCAGCUUACAAUUGAGAGAGCUAUCCCCAGCUCUGAGUAAAACAGCAUAUAGUGGUAUUUAAACUCCCCACAUGUAGGAUAUCCUUCUAGCGAUAUUUGCAGUGCAGGUCUUAUGAAAAAUAAAAUCACAAAAGAGGGCCCAUAGUGUUCUCAGUAGAUAAAAUAGAAGUAAAAGAUAAAAUGAAACGUCCUUACAGUGGAUAGAGCAGACACACUGCUCUAUGAACCAGACGUGAGUGGAAUAAUCCCCACCUAGGAUUUCUUUUGUAGUACUGGAUCUUAAGAAUAAUAAAAAAUCAGCCAGGAGAUAAAACAGCAACAAAUAAAAGUAAGAUGACUAACCACGGACAGAUAGGUAGUCUAAAAAUACUUUUAUUUUAACAAAAGCAUAAAAAACCCAACGCGUUUCGCCAAAAAUAGGCUUUUUCAAGUGUAUCUUUUGUGAUUUUAUUUUUCAUAAGACCUGCACUGCAAAUAUCGCUAGAAGGAUAUCCUACAUGUGGGGAGUUUAAAUACCACUGUAUGCUGUUUUACUCUGAGCUGGUGAUUACAUGCAUUUAGUAAUGCAUUGGUGUCACAUCUAAAGCCAGCUUGCAAAAGCUGCAUAUCUCCUGUCCAGACUAUCUUUGACUGUCCAAUCAAAGACUUCCCAAUGCAACUCAAUGAGAAGUCUUUGCAAGGCUGGUGCUCUGAGCAAUUGCUGUCUCCUUUUUUUUUUUUACUAUCUCUUUAUUAUAAUUUUCUUUUGUGUACAAUUGCCGCCUCUUAAGUUUAGCUUCACUGAGCAGAACAACCAGGAAGUAACAGUAUCUGUUAUCUGAUUGACCGCCAGAUAGCCAGGGGUUUUUAACAAGGUAUAUAUGUAAAUAAGUCUGUGUGUGUGUGUGUCAAUUUGUGUGUGGGGGGUCAGUCUGUAUGUGAAUAGAUGUGGGUGGUCAGUCUGUGUGCGUGUAUGGGUCAGUCUGUGUGUGGGGGGUCAGUCUGUGUGUGUAUGGGUGUAGGGUGGUCAGUCUGUGUGUGGGGGGGAUCAGUCUGUGUGUGUAUGGGUGUGUAUGGGUCAGUCUGUGUGUAUGGGGGGUCAGUCUCUGUUUGUGGGGUAUCAGUCUGUGUGUGGGAGUCGGGGUUCAGUCUCUGUGUGUGUGUAGGUGUGGGGUGGUCAGUAUGUGUGUGUGUUUGGGUCAGUUUGUGUGUAUGGGUCAGUCUGUGUGUUUAUGGGUCAGUCUGUGUGUAUGGGUGUGUAUGGGGUAAGUCUUUGUUUGUGGGGAUCAGCCUGUGUUUAGGGGUGGGGGAUUCAGUCUGUGUGUGGGGGUGAAGGGUUUGUGUGUUUGGGUAAGUCUGUAAGUGUAUGGGUCAGUAUGUGUGGGGGGUCAGUCUGUGUGUGUAUGGGUGUGGGUGGUCAGUCUGCCUGUGUGUAUGGGUCAGUCUGUAUGUGGGGGUCAGUAUGUGUGUGUAUGGGUGUGUAUGGGUCAGUCUGUGUGUGUAUGGGUCAGUCUGUGUGUAUGGAUAUGUGUGGGGGGUCAGUCUCUGUUUGUGGGGAUCAGUCUGUGUUUCAGGGUGGGGAAUUCAGUCUGUGUGUGGGGGUGAAGGGUUCAGUCUGUGUGUGUGUAUGGGUCAUUCUGUGUGGGAUGGGUCAGUCUGUGUGUGUUGGGGGAUCAGUCUGUGUGUGGCGGUAGGGGGUCAGUCUGUUUGUGCAUGGGUCAGUCUGUGUGUGUGCAUGGGUCAGUCUGUGUGGGGUGGGUCAGCCAUUAUGUGUAUGGGUCAGUCUGUGUGUGUGGGGGGGUCAGUUCGUGUUUGUGGAGGUCAGUCUGUGUGUGCAUGGAUCAGUCUGUGGGUGUGCAUGGGUCAGUCUGUGUGAGGUGGUCAGUCUGUGUGUGGGGGCGGGUCAAUUUGUGUGUGUGUGGGGUCAGUCUGUGUAUGUAUGGGUCAGUCUGUGUGGAGGAGCAGUCUGUGUGUGCGUAUGGGUCAGUCUGUGUGUGGGGUGGCAGUCUGUGUGUGUGUGUCAAUGGGUCUGUCUGUGUAUGUGUAUGGGUCAGUCUGUGGGUUUGUAUGGGUCAGUCUCUGUAAGUGCUUGAGCUCCAAGAGAGAUACCUCUCAUUUCGUGACCUCCCUUGUACCCGAAUACAGGAUAGGCAGCCUUCUCAACCACGAUGGAUCUGAUUGUGCCACCACCUCCCUACAAGGUAAAAUGAGGGAAAGGGGAGUAUUAUUAUUAUUAUUUUUUUUUAAACAAUUAUUAAAGUAAGAAUUGUAAAGCUCUUCCCUAUCCCACUCUCUACACCCCCUAAACACAGUAAACCCUCACAGAAAGUACACCUUUGCAUACACACACAGUGCACCCCACACACACAUCAUCUCUUCAUCCACAUACACACUUCUUCCCCACAUACCUUCACCCCCCACACACACACACAUACAUGCCCUUUGAGCACACACAAUUUUUCUCACACACUCACAAAUUCUAUAUUUAUUUUAAUUUAAAUUCAUCCAGCCUGCCUACCAUUGGGAGAGCUGAGUGGAUCUUUCCCUGGCAUCCAUUGUGUCUCCUCUCAGUCUUCCUGCAGUUUCUCUCUGCUCCUCUGCGCGCUCUCUGUAGUGAUGCCGAGGACGGAGUGACGUCAUGUCACUAAAUAGCGCGCCUGGGAGCAGAGAGGAACUGCAGGAAGGUUACUGCUCCCUCACGCUCCUCCUCCAUGCUCCCAGCGGCGGCCAGCCUUAAUGUUUCCUGCGUGGCUUAAAAAUCAGCUGACAAAUGCCAGGCGCCAGGUUGAAGUGUCUAGUCGCCAUGGCAACCUGGCGCCUGGAAUUUGUAAAUACACACAUAUAUAUAUAUAUAUACACACACACACACGUUUUAUACCUGCCCCCCUACUUUUGUCCUUGGCCCCUUAUGUGCCCCCCAAGUAUGAAUCCUGGAGACGCCACUGCUCAGUAAGCUGAGGUGCUUUAGGGGUCUGGAUUGUUCCUUUCUGUCUAAUUCGAAUAUUUUGACCAUAAAUUUUAAUUUUACAUGGAAUUCAUUUUGAAUUUUCAAUGUAUUACAUAACCCUGUAAGUGUCCUUUUAAUUCAAACAAGCAUACAUAUCACUGAAAUCAUGAUUCUUCUAUUCAUUGGUAAAAUUCGGUAUAAAAAUAAAACAUCUGCAAAAUAUCACCAAUAUAUGUAAGUUGUGGUAAUAGCAGCUUUAAAUCUUAAUUAAAAUACAAUCUGUUUUUUUUGUGCUUUCAGGAUGCUAUAUGAGAAGCCGCAAGCUCUUACCCCACCGUGAGUUUUAUGUAUUCAAACUUUUUUUUUCCUGUAUAUUUUCACUAAACAGUGGUGACGGUUAGGAGCACAGGAACUUUAUUGCCUAAACCAUCAAUUGUGCAUAGUUAGUAAGGGUAUUGCAAAUUUUAGCAACCAGUUCUGAAUUUUUAAAACAUAUCUUUACCUCCGACUUUCCAAGGUAAUUUAUUUUGGCUUAAAAUGUGCAAUUCUCUUGUUUACAAAACUGGGAACCGCUAAUAAGAAAGUUGUUAAAAGGACAUGCAUUACUUUAUAUUUUUUAAACCAGCAAACACUUUUCAAACAAACCAAAAUAAAACAAGAAAUAAUGUAAGAAAUGUUUAAAAAAUUACUGCAAACUUGGUCAGAUUGCAUUGUUGGGCACGCCUCUCAGCUAAUGGGAGGUUUUUUCAGGCUGUGUGCAUAUGUGACACCAGAUAUCAUAACAAAUAAAUAAAACACAUCUUCCAGCCCUUUGGCAAAGGUGCUCAAAAACUGAGGAACUUUUAAUGCAGUAAAAGCUUUGUGCCUAUUCUGACUUGAAGAACAUUCAGCAUACUGUUAUUUAUAUGAUAUGAAUGUGAAUAUAAUGGAAAGACAUAUGAAAUGUAUUUAUGCUAAAUAGAACAUGUUUUACAAGCUGUGUAAGUUUCUUGCUGUGUACAGGUCUAUUUAGUAAACAAUACAGUAAAUACUGAAAGGGAAAUUCUGUCAAUUCUAAAUUUCAUUGCAAAAGAAUGCCUUCAAAAUGUAAAAACGUUUUUUUUUUUUAUACGUAUUUGCAUAUUUCACAUGGUAUUCUGGGAUACUUAACUUUAAAAAAAUUCUAAUAAAAUGUUUUAUUUAUUUAUUCAUUUAUUUAUUAUUACCAGAAAUAUCAUUAAAAACUUGAAUCAAUAAAUCAGUGAUUUCUUGCAGAGGGUAAAAAUGUCUAACUCUGCGUGUAUUUUCAAUAUUAUAGAAGAACAGAUGUGGUGAUGAUGACACCGUGGCUUGCCCCUAUUGUGUGGAAUGGUACCUAUAACAUUGAUAUAUUGAAUGCCCAGUUCCAAUUAAGAGGAGUUCGCAUUGGCCUUGCGAUGUUUGCCAUUAAAAAGUAAGUAAUAACGAUUUCAUAUACGUUAUCAUAAAAAUUAGUGUGUUGGGGGGAGGGGGUAUAAAUAAGAGGAAACUUGCCUUUGGUAUUAACUGGUUGAAUUACAAGAGCCUGAUGCUGUUUGGGUUGUCACAGCAAAUUUACUACAAAACGAAAAUUACUAUCUUGAAUACCUUUACCACUAUGCCUAAAAAAAAUAUUCUAAUUGGAGUGAAAUGUCUCCUAGAAUUAGGGUUGCCACCUUUUUGGGAAAAAAAUACCAGUCAUUCUAAUUUGCAUAAUUAAUUAUAUAUGCGUAACAUCACAGGGCACGACGUACAUACAAGAAUGAGAACAUUUGGAAGGAUAAAAUUCCCUAAAUCAAUAAUAAACUACUUACAAUGUUUGUACUUUGUCUGACUGUGUGUAUAGCAUUGUGAAUGUGAGGCAGUGUGUAUAUGUACUGUCUGUAUGAGUGAGUGAGUGUGUGUGUUAGGCAUGUGCAUGGAAAAAUUUUCGGUUCGGUUCAGCAUUCCGAAAUUUGGGAAUUCGGCACUUCGGAACUUCGGCAACUUCAGCACUUCGACACUUCGGAAAUUCUGUAAUUUCAGAACUUCGGGACCUCGGCAAUUCGGCACUUCGGCAAUUCGGCACUUCGACACUUUGGAACUUCAGCAACUUCGACACUUCGGCACUUCAGAAUUUCGGAACUUCUUUUGCAGCCGCUUGACAGAUAACUCCCUAAUUCCCACGGUAUUAGGGAAUUAUCUACCAAAAAGCUGAAAGACCUAAAUUUGUCUUUCAGCCAAAUUUACUAAUACUAAGUAAAAAUUACUUAGUAUUUGUAAAUUGUGCCCCUACUCGCUAUACCACGAGUAGGGGCAUGUCUAUUAAACAGUGAGCAGCCAGUGGCUGCUCACUGUUAAAAAAUUUUUUUCUAAAAAUGGGUCCCCCCUCCGGAGCCCCCACCCGCAAUGUGCGAGUGGGGGUUUUUAAACUAAAGGGGGGCCUAUUGCCCCCUCUGGCCCCCACCCAUGAGUGGCGGGUGGGGGCCCUAAAGUAAAAUAAUGGGGUGGAACCUAUUGCCCCCCCGGUCCCCACCCCUGAGCGGUGGGUGGGGGGGCCCUAAAUUAGAAUGAGGGGGGACCUAAUGUCCUCCCCCCUGGCCCCCACCCCUGAGCAGUGGGUGGGGACCCUAAAUUAGAAUGAGGGGGGACACCUAAUGUCCUCCCACCUGGCCCCACCCCUGAGCGGUGGGUGGGGACCCUAAAUUAGAAUGAGGGGGGACACCUAAUGUCCUCCCCCCUGGCCCACACUCCUGAGCGGUGGGUGGGGGCUUUAAAUACUAAUUAGGGGGGACCUAAUGUCCUCCUUCCUGGCCCCCACCCCUGAUCGGUGGGUGGGGGCCCUAAAUUAAAAUGAUGUGGCGGACCUAAUGUCCUCCCCCCUGCCCCCCACCCCUGAGUGGUGGGUGGGGGCCCUAAAAUACUAAUUAGGGGGUACCUAAUGUCCUCCCCACUGGCCCCCACCCCUGAGCGGUGGGUGGGGGCCCUAAAAUACUAAUUGGGGGGGACUUAAUGUCCUCCACCCUGGCCUCCACCCCUGACAUUAGGUGCCCCACCCAAUUAGUAUUUAGGGCCCCACCCACCACUCAGGGGUGGGGACCGGGGGGGGACAUUAGGUCCCCCCUUAAUUAGUAUUUAGGGCCCCCACCCACCACUCAGGCUGCUCACUGUUUAAUAGACAUGCCCCUACUCGCGGUAUAGCGCUUAGGGGCAUAAUUUACUAAUACUAAGUAAUGUUUACUUAGUAUUAGUACAUUUGGCUGAAAGACCAAUUUAGGUCUUUCAGCCUUUUAGUAGAUAGCUCCCUAAUACCGUGGGAAUUAGGGAGUUAUCUACUUAUUCAUUUCUGCCAUUACAUUGACUGGAUAAGUAACUUACAUUUUAUAUGAAUGUGUGUUACUUGAUUGUUGUAAGUGUUGCAAAUGCUUACAGCUGAAUCCUGGCUAUGAAUACCAAUCAAAGGUUGCCUCUUUUUACAGAGGAGUGUGUAUAACAAAAGUGCUCAAAAGAGUCAAAAAGUGAUUUACAGGCAGCUCAAUACACUAGUGUGGAAAUAUCCUCUAUUCCACUGAAUAAAUUUAGUAGAUAUUGGUGCGGUUUAAGUGACAAGGACCUACACCUAUAAGUGGAGAGCUCAAACACAGAUAAAUCUUACCAAAACGUAGUCUCAUUCAAUGGUAAAAUAUGGGGUACAUGUCAAAAUAAAAUACAGAAAAUACAAUAUAGUGUAGAUGGUACUAAAAAAUGGCUUCACAGUGAUUAUAAUAAUAUCGUGUUGAAUAUUACACUCACAUUUCAAGGAGCCUGUAUAUAGAAAACACUGGCUCCGUAUAAAGGCUUGUGUGCUGUUAUGGUAGCACCACCCUCCUAUUUCGGCUUGAAGAAUUUCUCGAGAACACGAAAAAAGAGAAGAAAGCAAACCAAUGUGUAGACUUAUGGUGAUAAAUGACACAGAUAUGUGUUCAAUAAAUGGGGUGCUCACCUGGUCCUGAGCCUACGAAUCCCGGCUCUAGGUAUGUGGAUUUUGUGCCAAUUUGAAUGGGGAUGGCACUACCCCUGUGAGGAUUCCUUGGAGGCUCCAAAAAGAACUUGGAUGAGGUAUUAAAUGAAAAUGGUGAAUUUAUUAGUUUAAAAUAAACAUAAAAACAAAGAUGAUAAAAGUCCUCAAAUAAAAGUCCUUUAAAAAUGUCCAAUACGCGUUUCACUCUCAAAUAGAGCUUCUUAGAGCUUCACUCUCAGGUUGCUUCCACACUGUCAUUCUCUGAAGUUCUGCCUGUGCAUAACACUCAGAACGACAGGCAGAUGCGUAUUAGGGACUUUAAUUUGUGGCUUGGUGAAUGGUGUCGGGAGCAAGUAUUUGGCUUUAUUUCUCAUGGUAGCUCUGUUUGGAAUGGAGAUAAGCUGUACAAAAAAGAUGGUUUGCAUCUUUCUCAAAAGUGAACAAAUGUUCUCAGUGAGCAGUUCAGAGGUUUUGCGAGGAUGUAUUUAAACUAGGAGGGGGGGGGCAAAAGGGUGAUAAAACAUCAAUCCAAUUGCCCCCCAAAACAAGGACAGAAGGUGCCUUUAGCAUGUGUGUUAAAAAAUGAUAAGCUUAGAGUCAUGUCUACAAAUGCUCGUAGUUUAGGGAAUAAGAUCCAUGAACUUGUGGCAAUAAUGGCAACUGGUAGUGUAGAUUUAGUCGCUGUUACUGAGACAUGGUACAAUGAGAAAAAUGACUGGGACAUAGCAAUACCAGGGUACUCUUUAUAUAGGAAAGAUAGGGAAGGCAAGAAAGGGGGAGGGGUGGCCUUGUAUGUGAAGGAUAGCAUAAAAUCUAGCCUAAUAAAAGUUAGUGAGGCAAACAUAGAGUCCGUUUGGGCUACGUUAGAAUUUGGUAAUCACACAGUAACUCGUGUAGGUGUGAUUUAUAGGCCCCAGGACAAAUUGAAGAGUUAGAUAAUCUACUAGUUGAGGAAAUAGCUAAAAUGACAAUGAAGGGGGAAGUUAUCAUCAUGGGUGACUUUAAUCUUCCUGAUGUAAAUUGGAAAACAAAAUUAGCUACUUGUGCCAGGAGCACACAUAUUCUAAACUUCCUACUGGGAUUGUCUCUAAAACAAGUUGUUGAGGAGCCAACUCGUAAAGAGGCCAUACUAGAUUUAGUGUUAACAAAUGGAGAUUUGGUAUCAGAUGUUACUGUAGGUGAAAGUUUAGGAUCCAGUGAUCAUCAGUCAGUGUGGUUUAAUAUAAGAACAGUGACUGAGUCACACCACACAAAAACAAAAGUUUUAGACUUUAGAAAAACAGACUUUUCUAAAAUUAGAAUAUGGGUAGAGGAGUCAUUAUCAGACUGGAGCAAUUUAAAUGGAGUCCAAGAGAAAUGGGAUUAUUUAAAAGUUGCACUAUUGAAGGCAACAGAAAAAUGCAUUAGGCUUGUCAGUAAAAGCAAAAAUUCAAGAAACCACUGUGGUACUCCGCAGAUGUAGCCAAAAUAGUUAAAAACAAAAAGUUAGCAUUUAGGAAUUAUAAAAAAACCCAGAGUGAGGGAGACAAAAUGAUCUAUAAGAUUAGGCAGAAAGAGGCUAAGCAAGUUAUAAGAGCUUCCAAAUCACACACAGAAAGAAAAUAGCACAGUCAGUAAAAAAGGGGAUAAAACAUUUUUUAGAUACAUAAAUGAGAAAAGAAAAGUAAAACAAGGAUUAGUUAGAUUAAAAACAAAAGAAGGAAGGUAUGUAGAAGAGGAUAAAGGUCAGGCUGACUGCCUCAAUGAAUAUUUUUGUUCUGUAUUUACAGAAGAAAAUGAAGGAAAGGGACCUCAGUUGAGAAAAAGGAUAAAUGAGUCAUUUAUUACACGUGAGUUUACAGAGGAAGAGGUUCUAUUUCAACUGUCAAAAGUAAAGACAAAUAAGUCAAUGGGACCUGAUGGAAUACACCCAAAGCUAUUAAAAGAGCUUAGUGGUGUACUAGCAAAACCAUUAACAGAUUUAUUUAACCAAUCAUUGUUAACAGGAGUAGUCCCAGAAGAUUGGAAGUUAGCGAAUGUUGUGCCCAUUUACAAGAAAGGUAAUAGGGAGGAGUCGGGCAACUAUAGGCCAGUAAGCCUUACUUCAGUAGUGGGGAAAGUGAUGGAAACCAUGUUAAAGGAUAGGAUUGAUGAACAUCUAAAAACACAUGGAUUUCAAGAUCAGAGACAACAUGGGUUUACUUCAGGGAGAUCAUGCCAAACUAAUCUUAUUGAUUUUUUUGAUUGGGUAACUAAAAUUAUAGAUCAGGGUGGUGCAGUAGACAUUGCUUACCUAGAUUUCAGUAAGGCUUUUGACAUUGUUGCACAUAGAAGGCUUAUCAAUAAACUGCAAUCUUUAAGUUUGGAUUCAAAUAUUGUUGAAUGGGUAAGGCAGUGGCUGAGUGACAGGCAACAGAGGGUUGUAGUUAAUGGAAUAUAUUCGAAGCUUGGACUUGUCACCAGUGGGGUACCUCAGGGAUCUGUACUUGGACCCAUUCUCUUUAAUAUUUUUAUUAGUGAUAUUGCAGAAGGUCUUGAUGGUAAGGUAUGUCUUUUUGCUGAUGAUACUAAGAUAUGUAACAGGGUUGAUGUUCCAGGAGGGAUAAGCCAAAUGACAAAUGAUUUAGGUAAACUAGAAAAAUGGUCAGAAUUGUGGCAACUGACAUUUAAUGUGGAUAAGUGCAAGAUAAUGCAUCUUGGACGUAAAAACCCAAGGGCAGAGUACAGAAUAUUUGAUAGAGUCCUAACCUCAACAUAUGAGGAAAGGGAUUUAGGGGUGAUUAUUUCUGAUGACUUAAAGGUAGGCAGACAAUGUAAUAGAGCAGCAGGAAAUGCUAGCAGAAUGCUUGGUUGUAUAGGGAGAGGUAUUAGCAGUAGAAAGAGGGAAGUGCUCAUGCCAUUAUACAGAACACUGGUGAGACCUCACUUGGAGUAUUGUACACAGUACUGGAGACCGUAUCUUCAGAAGGAUAUUGAUACCUUAGAGAGGGUUCAGAGAAGGGCUACUAAACUGGUUCAUGGAUUGUGGGAUAAAACUUACCAGGAAAGGUUAAAGGAUCUUAACAUGUAUAGCUUGGAGGAAAGACGAGACAGGGGGGAUAUGAUAGAAACAUUUAAAUAUAUAAAGGGAAUCAACACAGUAAAGGAGGAGACUAUAUUUAAAAGAAGAAAAACUACCACAACAAGAGGACAUAGUCUUAAAUUAGAGGGACAAAGGUUUAAAAAUAAUAUCAGGAAGUAUUACUUUACUGAGAGGGUAGUGGAUGCAUGGAAUAGCCUUCCAGCUGAAGUGGUAGAGGUUAACACAGUAAAGGAGUUUAAGCAUGCGUGGGAUAGGCAUAAGGCUAUCCUAACUAUAAGAUAAGACUAGGGACUAAUGAAAGUAUUUAGAAAAUUGGGCAGACUAGAUGGGCCGAAUGGUUCUUAUCUGCCGUCACAUUCUAUGUUUCUAUGUCUACAAUGCCUGUGUAUGUCAUUGUGUGUAUAAAUUAUAUAACAAUGUGUGUACAUAGCAUCUAUAGCAGAUUGAUAUUCUGGUUCUAUUCUUUCACCAUUCUCCCAUUUUACUGCUGGAAACAUACACAUGCUACUAAAUACAAACACACACAUAGACUGCUGUAUACACACACAGGCUGCUGUAUACCCACACACAGACUACUGUAUACCCACACACAGACUGCUAAAUACACACACACACGCAGACUGCUAAAUACAAACACAGAGGUGCAGACUACUAAAUACACACUCAAACUGCUGAUCACACACACAGACUGAUGAAAACAUACAUAUAGACUGUUGAAUGCAUACACAGAGUACUGAAUAUACACACACACUGAUUGCUGAAUACACUCACACACAAACUGCUGCAUAUACACACCCACACAAGUACCUGCUCUCAAGACUCAGCCCCUGCUGCCAUGCUUCCACCUCUUGGACCUGCAGCUCCGGCUCCUCCCACGCGGACUCUAUUAGUGGAGAGGGCAGGGACAAGCUGCAAGAUCCCCAUCUCAGCCCUCUUCACAUAGCUCUAGCACCAACGAGUUUUCGGAGUACGGCCUGAGAGCACUGCACCCUGGUUGCCGGUGCCGAUAUUGCAGCACAUUCUCCUCAUAGAAAAAUACCGGCAAUUGUAUUGUCGGUAUCUUUGCAAUACCGGCACCGACCACAGAGCACCAAAUACCGGCUGUGCCGCUUAAAUACCGGCCAGGUGGCAACCCUUCCUAGAAUGCACAAUGUGAUUAGAAUUCCACUAAAUGCACUAUUUUAGUUUCCUAUGUAUAAUACAAAAAAUAAAAAAAUAAAGUUUUUUUUGGUAUCCAGUGCUGAGUAAGACAAGGCAUAAGGUUUUCUACAUAAUUAUACUAGGACGGCAGUGACUUCCUUUACAACAUGGGCAGGCUUUACAUAAUACACUGGAUAGGGUCCUUUUCUCUUGAAGAUGGGAUAGAGAGUAAUAUAAUUAUAGUGGUAGGGAUCCCAAAGACCCUAAUUGCUCCAUAUUAUCUGUGUGUACCUGCAGCAGCAAUUUCUCCAAAAAUAAAUGUACAUUAUUUUUUUUAAAAAUCAAAGUUUAAUUAAAUGUAAUAUAUUUUAAAAAAAUCAUAAAGUUUCAUUGAAUGUAAUACACUUUUAAAAACCAGAAGUAAAAAUUUGCUGACAGUUGUCCUUUAUAUGAUUGACACUUUACACAAAUCUACAAGAUCAAUUAGAAGAUUUUGCUGUAUUACAACUGAUGUUGUAUAUCUUUAUAGCAGAAUCACAGUUACCUUAUUCAUGUAGAAUCUCUUUUUAUUUAUAAGGUAUUUAUACAUCUAUGUUUUUUUUGUUUUUUUUCAGGUAUGUAGUGUUCCUUCAACAAUUCAUAGAAACGGCUGAAAAAUUCUUCAUGGUAGGACAUAAAGUCAACUAUUACAUACUCACUGAUCGUGUCGAGGAGGUACACCAGUACAAUUUUAAACUUGGUGAAGGUAGACAGUUAUUUACCCUACAAUCUCCCACGUACAAAAGGUGGCAGGAUAUCUGCUUCAGACGCAUGGAGAUGAUUCGCAAUUAUACUCGUGACAGGUUCAUCAAUGAGGUUGACUACCUGGCUGUGGCUGAUAUUGACAUGCAGUUCAGUGACGAUGUUGGCGUAGAGAGCUUAAGUGAAUUGUUUGGGACCAUACAUCCUGGCUUUUAUAACCUAUCUCGACAAAGUUUUACUUAUGAACGCCGGGCAGAGUCUAGGGCCUACAUUCCACCUGAUGAGGGGGACUUUUAUUACGCAGCAGGUUACUUUGGGGGCACAACAGAGGAAAUAUACAAAUUGACCAACUACUGCCAUAAUGGCAUAAUGGCAGACAGAAAGAAAAAUAUUGAAGCUCUAUGGCAUGAAGAGAGCCAUUUAAACAAAUACUUUAUUUAUUACAAACCGACAAAGCUCCUUUCACCUGAAUAUUUAUGGGACAACCGUAUGGGUAUCCCAGGAUUCCUUAAAAGACGAAGAUUUGUUGCGGUUCCAAAAAACCAUAAUGAAAUCAGGAACAAAAGGUCAAUCAAAGAAAAACAAAGAGCCAGUAAAAACGCUAAGCAUUAA